AUGCAGGUACAGUCCAAUCUCAACUGUUGGUCUCCAGAGAAGUUUGCAGAGUUUUGUGUUUUUUGCGGAACCGACUACAAGGAGCCUGACACGAACAUCAAGAAGUUUGGUAUCAAAACAGCUUUUACACUGAUGUGUACCCACUCUACGGCGCGGGGUGUGAUCAAUUGGAUGGCAGAACAGCAGAAGUUUCAGGACCGGCUCCCUUGCAAAGGCAGUGAGUACAUGUCUCGUUUUGAAAGAAUCAUUGCUGUCUUUUGGCACCACGUAGUCUUCAAUCCCAAGCGUGGAGAGUGCACCUCCAUCGCGAGCUCUUUUCCUUUGACAGCAGCCUAUCGCGUGUUGGAAGACUUAAAUCUGGAGGAGGUUUGCGGAGUUCGCUUUGGUCGGGAGAUCGCUUUACAGGUGGCGAAGGGUGAGUUGGAUCCGCGAAGUCGACAAGUGAAGACCUUAGAGCCCUUGAGCUUUGCGGAACGUCGGGCCAUUGAUUUCCUCCUCGCAGAGAAGCGCUCCGAGCAAAUGGACUAUCGAGUGAAGGUGGCUCUAGAGGCUGAAGAGGCCAAGCGACAGGCAGAGGUCGAGCAAGACCAUUCGCUUCGUGAAAUUGAACAAGAAGAAGUGAAUCAAGUCGUAGAACCAAGUCAGAAGGAUGCUGCUCAAGAGAAUCAGGACAGAGAACUGCGCUUGUUGCCAGGAGACUUGAGGAAGCUGAUGGAAAUUCGGAAUGCAUUGAAAAAGAACAAGGUUGAAGAAUCGAAGCCGGAGCCUGUGGAAAACCACAAGUCCAAGAAUCCAUUUGCCAAGAAACGCGUUGCCACACCCUGCCACAGUCGCACUCCAAGUGUUCCCAUUCCCAUGGUCAAACGUGCCCGUGCCGUGACACCUCCAUCGGUUCCACAGACUCCACUGAUUCCGCCAGAAGGGCAGCGGUUGAAGGAUAUAGCUGCACAUCCCAGAGGUGGGUCCGGAGCCAAAGAAGCAGCAUAUGCUGUGCUGAUACAAAGGGGCUUCGCACCACAGCUGGAGGAUAAAGAGAAAGCAAAGCUGAAAUACUUUUUUGGUUCAAAGAAGACAGAUGCCCCAAGGCAAGAAGAAAAAGUGGAAAGCAAGCUGGCAGGCUGGAAGCCACGGUCAUGGGAGGAGGACGAAGACGAAGAAAGGUCCACCGUGGGCCGCAAUGUGCUUUCAAUUCGAAAUGGCAACAACGGGCUAUGGCGAAAGUCGUGGACUUGA